AUUCAGGGCCAAAGGAGGUGGCUUUCUCCACGGACCAGAGAGAGAAUCGCUCACAGUGAAAACCAGCUUAUUCUCCAACAUGGCAACCACCUUCCCUCCUGCCUCAUCUACAUCGACUAGCCUUGAAAACACCAGCCUCUAUGACUAUACUACCUUGAUAUUUCCUGAUACAGUCUGUAAGAAGGAGGCCAUCUUAUCCUUGGGCCAAGUUUUCCUGCCUAUCUUCUAUUCCCUGGUGUUUAUCCUGGGCCUGGGUGGGAACCUUUUCUUACUCAUUGUCCUCCUCUACUCUGUCUGUAGAAGACAGGUAACUGAGGUAUACCUGCUGAAUCUGGUUGUUUCUAACCUCCACUUCGUGGUGACCUUGCCUCUGGGGGUUUCUGUAGCCUGGCAUUGGGUCUGCUUUGGGGAAGCCCUCUGCAAAAUCAUAUGCACUCUUUACACAGCUAGCUUAUAUAGCAGUAUCUUCUUUCUUGGCUGCAUGAAUCUGGAUAAGUAUCUAGAUGUUGUCCACGCUCAGACCCAUCAUCACCUGGGGACACCAGCAAAGAGCUGGCUCCUUUCAGGCGGGGUGUGGAGUGCCCUGGUGCUUUCCAUCCCUGACAUGGUCUUCGCUGGAGUACAAGAAGGCCCCAGUGGUCUGCAGAAUUGUCACCUGGACUUUGGAGAUAACGGGCCUGUGUGGAAGGUGCUUCUUCGAUUUAAGCAGAGUAUUCUGGGAUUUAUCCUCCCACUUUUUGCCAUGAUCUUCUUCUACACCCGAAUAGGCUGCAUCCUCACAGUCCUAAGACCUCAGGGCAGGGUCCGAACCCUGUGGGCAGCUGUGGCAGUGGUGGUGACCUUCUUUACACUGUGGUGUCCCUACAACAUUACCCUGUUCCUGCACUCGCUGCAAGACUUACAGGUCCUCGAGAGCUGUGAGGUCAGCAAGCAUCUGGACUAUGCCCUUCAGGUGACAGAGAGCAUUGCUUUCACUCACUGCUGCAUCUCCCCUUUCCUCUAUCUCUUUGUCCAUCGUCGGCUCAGGAAACAUCUCAAAAGGGUUCUGGCGGCCAUCUUCCAAAGAUCCAAGGAAUCCUCUGCUGCCUGUCCCUCUCAGACCAGUUAUUCCAAUAGUUUUUCCACAGCCCAAGAAGAAAUGAAUAACACUGACAAUCAGGAAGAAAGCAUAUAGUAUCAUGGGAUUUAGAGCAGGGAGAGACCUUAGAGCUCAUUUAGUCCUCAUUUCACAAGUGAGAGAACUAGGAGACAGUGUAAGUGACUCACUCAAGGUCACCAGGGAGUAAAUAACAGAUCUGGGUUUUGAACCCAAGUCUCACUAAACUGAGUUCCUUCACAAGCAGGACUGCUUCCUUCAUAACUAGAACCUUCCACCAGAUGUCAUGUUGGCCUUUUGUAGCCAAAACAAUAAACCUCAGAAUCAGGAGACCUGGAUUUGAAUACCAGUCCUGCCGCUUAUUAACUAUGUGAUGACUGUAAAGGAUUUGGUGUAGUGGCUCCCAAACUUCUUGGCUGAGUUCUUUUUGUCAACAACAACAACAACAAAAAUGGACAAACCUUCAUAUGAUUAUUAUCAUAUAUUGUUAAUGUCAGUUGAUUAAGGAAAUAUAUAAUGACAAAAUGACAAUACACGGUAUGGAUUCUCAGACCCCUUGUGUGACUCUGUGGCCUCCUAGGGGGCACAUAGUCAACAUACUGGGAUCCACCAGUAUCAUGGAAACAACCCUGGUGUCAGAAGACCUGGCUCUAAGUUCUAGCUGUGCUAUGUACUUUCUAAAAGAUAUUGAGGGGGCAGCUAGGUGGCACAGUGGAUAAAACACUGGCCUUGGAUUCAGGAGGACCUGAGUUCAAAUCCAGCCUCAGACACUUGACACUUACUAGCUGUGUGACCCUGAGCAAGUCAUUUAACCCUUAUUGCCUUGAAAGAGAGAGAGAGAGAGAGAGAGAUCAUAGGAUUACAGAUCUCACAAUAAGAAGGAACAAUGGGGGCAGCUAGGUGGUGCAGUGGAUAGAGCACUGGUCCUGGAUUCAGGAGGACCUGAGUUCAAAUCCAGCCUCAGACACUUGACACUAGCUGUGUGACCCUAGGCAAGUCACUUAACCCUCACUGCCCUGCAAAAAAAAAAAAGAAAAGAAAGAAAGAAGGAACGAAUGCUUUUCAAUGCAUAGGUGUUGAACUGAUGCUUGAUGAAUUGAAAUGAGCCAUUUUGGUGUCAGAGGGAAUCAAAUGUUACCCACAUGAGAAAUUUUUAUUAUUAAUAACUGAUAUCUUAGGAAGAUUCAGAACUUCCCCUGAAUUUUAGAGGUACGAUUUCUCCUUGAUAAUAAGAUUACAUUGAAUUUCUUCAUCUUGGUCAGAUCCAUCCUAAGCUUGCAAGGAAUUUAGGGUGGGGAAGCUCAUUGUGUUCUACUCAAGCUUGAAUGGAGAGAGAUCCAUUUGUCUGGAUAGGAAGACAUCUCUGUCCAGGGAGGGGUCACUCUGCCUCCCAUAUACAAUGAAGAGAAGUACAUUCUUUGAAUUGAUAGCCUAAGGCUGGAGACCACCUGCUGUUUCAAGGUUAUAUAAGCUCUGUGCCCCACCACCAUGAUUGUCUUUGGUCUGAUAGAGACAAGCCAAAUGACCAUGCUUUUAUUAACAAGUUGCUGGCCUAAUUAAUAAAGUGAUUAAAUUACCCAGAAA